AUGGUCAACAUCUUCAUUACUGGAGCCACCGGAUAUAUCGGUGGAGACACGCUCUACGAACUCUACAACAAGCACCCCGAGUACUCAUACACGGCUCUGGUCCGCACACCUGAGAAGGGCAAAUCUGUCACGGACAAAUUCCCCAAGGUCAAGACCGUGCAAGGAGACAAUGACAGCAGUGACUUGCUCAAGGAGGAAGCAUCCAAGGCAGACAUUGUCAUUCAUGCAUCUGAUCACGAGGGAGCUGCAAAGGCUAUCGCCGAAGGUCUCGCCUCGGGCCACAGUGCAUCAAAGCCAGGUUACUGGCUUCACACUGGUGGAACUGGUAUCCUGACCUACUUCGACUCAUCAGCGGACAAGCUGGGCGAACAUACAGACAAAGUCUUUGAUGAUCUGGACGGUGUGGACGAGUUGAUUGGACUUCCCAAAGAUGCUUUCCACAAGAAUGUCGACGAGAUCGUCAUCAAUGCCGGCACAAACGCAUCUGGUACAGUCAAGACUGCCAUCGUCUGUCCACCCACUAUUUAUGGUGACGGCAGAGGACCUUCCCUCACUCGUGGUCGCCAGGUGUACGAGCUCGCAAAGACCGUGCUGGAUAUCCAGGCUGCACCCAUCAUCGGCGGCGGCAAGGCAAUGUGGAACAAUGUGCAUGUUCACGACUUGUCUCGUGCCUUUGUUCUCUUGGUCGAGGAAGCAGCGAAGAACAACACCGACCCAAAGCUCUGGGGUAAGAAUGGCUAUUACUUCACCGAAAAUGGUGAGCACGUAUGGGGAGACUUGAGUAAGGUUGUUGCCGAAAGUGCUAAGCAGCAAGGUCUGCUCAAGGAAGUCAAGUCGGAGCAGAUGGACAUGGAGACGGCAAAGAAAACUGCUGGCUUCGAGGCAGUUUCUUGGGGUUGGAAUAGCAGGGGCAAGGCUAGAAGAUUCAAGGAGAUUCUGGGUUGGAAGCCUCAGGAGAGAAGCAUUGAGGAUGAGGUGCCGACCAUUGUCAAGAACGAGCAUGAGAGGAUGCAGCAAGAGAAGAAGUAG